AACAUUUAUUGGAAUUAUUAAUGUACAAGACUUUUUUCACUCUUGCUUUACGUAAGAUUCGUUUAUCAUCACACAUCACAUUAAUAUGUUUUCUUUAAUUUUCUUUUCAGGAAAGGGCCUCUUACAGAAGCUACAAUGGAAGGAAAAUUAAAAGAAAAAUUAGAAUCAUUGGGUCUGGCUUGUCUUUGCUUAGCAACUGGUUAUGAAACACCGUUUAGUCACUGGUGUAAGAAAUUCUUAUUUCUUGAAACUAUUAUUGAUUAUUUCAAUAAAUUAGCCUAUGCAUCGUUAAUAUUAAAAUUAGCAGUACGAAAAAAAUUGCAGAGAGAUUUAACUUUCUCAACGUCAAUAACAACACUAGUUCUACCAAUUGAUUCAACAAAAUGUAACACAAAUGAUCGAGUUUUGCUUGAAAAUGAAAGGCCAGAAAGUGGAUCUAACGUUUAUAAUGGGACCGAUCGAGAACGAGCUGAUAAAGUUUAUACAGUUGGAUGCUUUGAUUUGUUUCAUGAAGGUCAUCGUUUACUAUUGCAAAGAAUGCGUGAAUAUGGAAGAGAAGUAGUUGUUGGUGUACAUAAUAGUCGUAGUAUUUGGAAAUUAAAGAAUCGUGUACCGGUAGAUGGUACAGAAAAACGAAUGUUAAGUGUAAAAGAGUAUGCUGAUCAAGUAUAUUGUAUUAAUGGAACAGAUCCAUCAACAUUUCUUUCAUGUAUGGUACACCUGAAAGAAAAUGAAUCGGCACUGUAUGUUAGAGGUGAUGAUAUGAUUGAUUUUCCUGCACGACAGGUUAUAGAAGAAUUAAUGCCAAUACGCUUCCUGCCAUAUCUUCAGAGUGUUUCCAGUUCGCAGUUACGAAGAAAAUUCUAUUCACAUAUACCGGAUGAUGAUCUGAAUUAUUUAGAAAACAUUAAUUAA